CUUGGUCAAUCAACUCCUCCUCUUUCUUCUCGACAACCCUCGAUUUUUUUUUCUUUUUUUCUUUUUUCUUGAAUUCUUUGAUCCUUCUCUUUUUUUCCGUUCAACUUUCCUCGUCGAACCCGAAAAAAACCCAACCUUUCACAAAAGAAGAAGAAAAAACUUGGAGUUUCGUUGAUCGUCGUUCCUCUUUCACACAUUAAUUCCAACUUUCGAAUUCACCCACAAUAACAAUGGCGCUGCAAAAGUCGCAAGAUAUGGGUUAUCCCAAAUACAUGGUGUUCUGCGCCCUCGUCGCAGCUUUCUCUGGUUUCAACGUUGGUUGGCAUAUCAGUGUACCCAAUAUGCCUCAAGGUUAUAUUACCAAGUGUCCUCCGGAAGGAGCUGGUAAUGGUGCGUUGCCCAACUGUUUCCCCAUGUCCGAUGGUACCUGGGGUUUCACUGUCGGUGCUUUCCCUCUAGGUGGUUUAGUUGGUGGUCUUGCCAGUAUGAAUCUUAACAACUGGUUCUCUCGUCGUACCUGUAUCCUGAUCUCUUGCGGCUGGUUCAUUCUCGGUGGUGUCCUCUCUGCUUGUGCCGUUAACCUUUACAUGUACUCUGUUGGCCGUGCCUUUGUUGGUAUCGGUGCCGGUAUUUGCGGUUCUUCCGUUGCUAUCUACGUCUCUGAAAUCUCCACCAUCACCGCUCGUGGUGCUCUCGGUUCCUUGUUUGAAAUGUACUUGAACUUGGGUAUUUUGUUCACCCAAUUGUUCGGUUUGUGGCUCGGUAACACUCCCUCGUGGCGUGUCUUGUGGGCUAUUCCCACUGUCCUUGCUGCCAUUCAACUUGCCGUUAUUCUUUUCUUCACUGUCGAAACUCCUCGUCGUCUUUGCGGUGACAAGAAAUACGAUGCUGCCUGUGCUGCUCUUCAGAAACUCCGUGCUGGCGCUGAUGUUGAAGAAGAAUUCGCCCACAUGCUUGCUGCUCGUCAACGUGAAAGUGAAGGCCAUCCUCGCAUGAACGUCUUCCAAGUUCUCUUCUGGAAGGACAAGCACGUUACAUGGCACGCUAUCAUUGUCAUGGUCUUGCAAGCUUACAACCAAGUCGGUGGUAUCGGUCCCAUGUCGGUCUACUCUGUCGGUUUCCUUUCCAACGUCUUGUCAAAUGCUCCCUUGGCUACCGCCAUUUCCUUAACCGAUGCCGGUGUCAACUGUAUUGCCACCUUGAUUUCUUUGAUCUUCAUGCGUGUCGUUGGUCGUAAGGGUUUCAUGUUGCUCUCCUUGGGUGGUACCACUCUCGGUUGUAUCUUCAUGGUCAUUGGUGCUUCCGUCAAGGAUCCCGCCAACCCUACCAAACUCGGUCCUUUGGUCAUCACUGCCUGUAUCGUUUACACCUUCUCUUACUCCAUGGGUUGCGGUGUCAUUCCAUGGAUGAUUGCCCCCGAACUUUUGCCUAUGCACGCCUUGGCUGCUGGUUCUGCCCUGGGUUCCGGUUCCAACUGGCUCUUCAACUUUAUCAUCAACACCAUCUGGCCCUACAUGGACUCCGGUAUGGGAAGCUACAGUUUCAUCGUGUUCGUUGCCAUCAACUUUAUCGGUUUCGUCUUUGUCCUGUUCUGCAUGCCUGAAACCACUGGCAAGGAUCUUGAUGAUGACUCGGAUGAUAAGAAGAAGCACGACACCCUUGAAUCUGGCGCCGCUGGUUCGAGCCAGAGCAGCACAAAGGAGAAGGCCCACGAGAAUGUCGAACAUCUCGAGAAUGCCAAAUAAUUAUUUUUUUCUUAAUGGCAAAAAUUCCCCUUCUUCUUUCCCCCCUCUAAAACUUUCAGAAUAAUAUUCCCUUUACCUAUUCUUUAGUCCGUUUAACUUUUUCCUAUCCACUUUGUUUCCGACUUCUUUUUUUUUGUGUUUGAAUUUCCUUUAUUUCAUCUUUCCCACGAUUUUGUUGUAUGUGUACAGUAGUUGUAUUAUUUUAUCCCUUUUUCUUUUUUUCUUUCAACUUACCUCCCUCGAGUUUUCUCGUGAAUCUCAAAUAUACUUUCUAUCCAUUUCUUACUUUCUCUCUUUAUUCCCUCUUUUUUUAUCAUUUGAAUUUGCUUUACAUAAAAUAAUGUGGUUCAAAUCUAUAAAAAAAGU